GCUAAGUUUAGUUUAAUUGAAGUAGUCACAAGGAAAAGGUGGUUUCAUAUAAAUAUUAUUAAUUAGUUCAAUUUUAGUUAGUAUUGGUGAGAUUUGAAGACUCCCCAUGGCGGCGAUUUUGCUAAAAGCAUGGGAAGGGUAUACAUUUUUGUUUGAAGAAUUACCUGAUCCACGCACAAAACCAUGGCUCCUCGUUGCCAAACCCUACCAAGGGCUCAUAAUUCUUGGACUCUACCUCAUGUUUGUCCUGAAUUGGGGCCCCAAAUGGAUGAAAGACCGCCCACCUUUUAACCUUGAUAAAAUAUUAAUAGUAUACAACGGAAUCCAAGUUAUUUGCUGCCUGUACCUAUUCCUUGGUUCAAUAAAUUACUGGCUUUGGGAGUAUCGAUAUCUGUGUGAGCCGGUCGACUUCUCGAAUAGUGCAAAAGCUGUUAGAGCCGCCAAAUUGGUCUACUUGUACUUCAUGCUCAAAGUUAUUGACCUUUUAGACACGGUAUUUUUUGUUCUGCGCAAGAAAUUUAACCAAGUAUCCUUCCUACACGUGUACCAUCAUACUGGGAUGGUGAUGCUUAUAUGGGGAGCUGUAUCCUAUUACCCAGGCGGCCAUGGAACACUCGUUGGUGUCAUCAACUCAUUCGUGCAUGUUGUGAUGUAUUCCUACUACUUACUGACUGUGGCCUACCCGUCUGUUAAGAAAUCUCUAUGGUGGAAGAAGUACAUCACACAACUCCAAAUUGUCCAAUUCUUCUGGUGUGUUGUCCACAUGGGCCUCAUAGUCUUCAAGCCGGACUGCGCCUACCCUCGUUGGAUAGCAGCCGUCUUCCUGCCCCAGAACCUCUUCAUGCUAAUCCUCUUCAUAGACUUCUACAUCAAGACCUAUAUAAAGAAACCCAAAGUCUCGAAUGGUGUCAGUCUAUCCAAUUCAAUUCAAUUGAAUGGUGCUAACGGUGUUAGUAAAGAACAUACUAAUUAGUUAUAAGAAAUAAGUACAUGUUGAAAAUUUUGGAAUGGAUUGUGUCGAGGUAGGAUGGACUUUGAAAUGUAAAUAUAAAUUAAUGGCGGCGCAUGAAAAAAAAAACUGAAAUAGAAGAUUAAAAUCAAGGGAUAAAUCAGUUACCUGUUUAAUAUGUGUACUCAAAUUAGUGACGUAACGCUAUGAGUACGAAAUCUAAUUUGUUAUCUUUUACCUGAGGGCUGAGUGUGAGAUACAUCAAACGUCGGGGCGUCUUCACUAGUGAGCGCGUUAAAAAAAUGUAUGAAAAUUUUAGUUCUUGAACGUUUCCUCUGGGGGCGCUGUAAAAUCCGUCAUACAUUGUCAUUUUUUUACGCGCUCACUAGUCAAGACGUUUGCUGUAAACAGUCUCACACUAAGCCCUCCCAAAAAUGAUAACUAUUUGAAAGAAAGGUAAUGCAGUUUCAUUUAGUUGUUCCACUAAAAAAAAUUAUGCGGUCAUCAGUACAUAAAUGUCUACUAUGGUCAAAAAUAAUUUGAAAAUUCAACAGUUUUAGGACACUGGUUUGUAUAGAUUAUAUUUUUUGAUGUGUUGAGUUUAGGGUUACUGAUAUUUAUUUUAUUUAUUAAUAUUGCGUUGAAUUUAUUCCGAUUUUGAAGAAAUUAAAUUUAGAGCAAGA